ACACAAAAAAAAAGGAUAACACAAUACAACUCUAGAGAGAAACUCAAGGGAUAACACAAUACAAGUCUAGAGAGAAACUCAAACACAACAGAGAAAGCCUCUCUCUCUCCUCUCCUCUCAGUAUCAGAGACAGUACUCUCUCUCUCUCUCUCCCUCUCUGUGUAUAUAUAUAUAUAUAUAUAUAUAUGUAUGUGUGUGUGUGUGUAAAGUGCAAACUCAAAUAUCUCUCUCUGAGUUGAAGCAAAUUUUCUCAAGAAAUUAAGGGGAAGAAAAUUUGAACUUAGAAAGAAAGAAGACUACAGUUUCUCUUACUUAUCCUCCGAGCUGGCGAUUUUUGCUUCACAGCAAAAUGUGAAGGGAGUUUUGGCUUAAAAGUAAGCUAGUUUAUGUGAAUCUCGGUUUGAUAAUUGGUGCAAAAAUGAAUGAGAAUGGACAAUACCUAGACACCGGCUUUUCUUACACACCUACCGAAGGCUUCAUGGGUUUCUUUGACGGUCUUUCUCAUGUACCGAUGAAUUAUGGUCACGCCAUGCUGAUGCAUGAUCAGGAAAGUGCAUACUGGUCAAUGAACAUGAGUUCGUACAAGUUUUUACCAUCUGGUCCGGAGAGUACUUCUUAUUACAGUACUUACGAGGUAAAUGAUCAUUUACCAAGAAUGGACGUCAGCAGGAGGACUUGGGAAUACCCUUCAGUGAUGAAUGCAGAAAAGCCUGCAAACACCGACUCACAGCCAGAAGAAGAUUCUGUCAUGGAAGCGCAAGCUACACCUGAAGAAUGUAUUCAGUAUCAGCAAAAUACAAGUUCUUCUGAGGUUGCAUGGCAAGAGGACAUUGAUCCUGAUAACAUGACCUACGAGGAAUUACUUGACUUGGGUGAGGCAGUUGGCACUCAAAGCCGAGGUCUUUCCAACGAACUUAUUAGUUUGCUUCCAUCGUCAAAAUACAAGUGUGGAAACUUCUUCUUAAGAAAAAAAUCAGGAGAGAGGUGUGUGAUUUGCCAGAUGCGGUAUAAAAGAGGAGAUCGACAAAUCACAUUGCCAUGCAAGCAUGUCUACCAUAACGAAUGCAUCAGCAAAUGGCUCGGUAUCAACAAGGUAUGCCCAGUUUGCAACCUCGAGGUUUUCGGUGAGGAGUCAAGGCAUUAGAGCAUCAGUUGGGAAAACAAAAAUUAGGCAAAAUCUACAUCCAUUUCCUAGCUGAAACUGAAAUUUUAUCUUCCUUCCUUUCGUAUGGUUUGGUUUUUUUUUCUCUUUGCCUAUACAUACAGUAGUUGAAGACUAUGGUCCUCCCCCUUUCUCUUUUUCAUUUAACAUGCUCCAGUGAAGUACUAGAGAAAACAAACCCUUCUCUCUUUCGUUUAACACGGUGAAGUACACUCAUAUAUGAGACAUUUAAAUAGAAUUCAAGCUCCUCAAGGUCAAGAUACACUCUGCAAAGAUUUGGUUGAACAUGUAUGACUUCGAGAAGGAGAACGUUGAUGAUGGAUAAUCUUGAGUGUAUUAAUGUGUUAUGUUAUGUAAUAAUUUUGCAUGCACUAUGUUGGUAUUUUCUAGUAAUAAAUUGAAUUGUCUUCGUGUGACAA